AUGUCAGACGGCGACGAGUAUGUUUCUGAAGAGCUGGAUCAUGCCCGGCCGCCGAAGCAUGUACUGGAAAACGAGUGCCACAACGUUAUCCUUGCUGAGUACGGUAUUGCCGUUGCAGCAUAUUAUCGCAACAAAGCAACGACCGAAGGCACGACAAGAAUCUCGGACAAGCAACCGGUCCGGAAGGCCAGCACUAGUGACGGGUAUUUCGAGGUGCUGGAUCUGAUCGAGCACGGUACCUUCGGGAGGGUAGCAAAGUGCCGGGACCGCGAGACGGGCGAAAUCAUCGCGGUGAAAAGGGUGAAAACGGCGAUGUCGACGCACAAGGAGCUGAAGGCGUUCGCGGUUCUGACCAAUCAUCCGGCAAUUCCACAAUUCUACCAGGCCGUUCAUGAGAAUGGCGCCUAUCUGAUCGCGAUGCAGUACAUGCCUGUGGCUGAUCUGGCCCAAACCGUCGGGAAUCUGACUGUCAACGGAAGAAAGUUCUAUCUGCGCCAAAUGUUCCUGGGCCUGGACUAUAUCCACUCCAAAGGCCUUAUGCAUCGCGACAUCAAACUUGAGAAUUUGAUCAUCGUCCCCGAAUGGCUUCAGUUGAAAAUCAUCGACUACGGGAUGGCUCAAAUGUAUAUUCCGGGCAGGAAGUAUAACGUUGUAGGCAGCAUUCAUAUGAUGUUCCAGGCCCCGGAAGUGGCCCUCCGGUACCCCUACUACAACUACGCUAUCGACAUGUGGUCGGCUGGAUGUGUGGCGUUUGCCGUGCUUUGCUCUCGGCACGAGCCAAGCUUCUUCCAUUACAAACCCGAGGAAAUGCUGUUCAACCUGACGAAAAUCCUUGGUUCGGCGAAUUUGCGUAGAUUCGUGGAGAAAUAUCAGAUCUCCACCGAGGGAUACACCCGUCUCUUCACAUUGUACCAUCGCGCCAACUAUUUCCGCACAAUCCUAAAACCGGUGCAGGCUUCAUUCGUCGAGUCGUUGCUGAUUUUCGAUUUCCAGAAGAGGCCCUCCGCCCUGCAGACUCUGCAACACCCAUAUUUUAAGGACGUGGAGAACAUCGUACCAUGCAGGGACAACCUACACCUUCCCGACGACGCCCAGAGCGAUAUGUCAGACAGGCGCAAAGAGCCCAAGUGCGUCCUCCUC